AUGGAAGCACGCCCUGCUUUGUCAAUUCAAAAGUCAGGUGCAAGACAACGCAAUAACAUUGCAGCGUCAGGGCCUCUGUCUUCAUCUUUACCUGUUCUUCCCUCCACUCUGGGAGAAAAAUAUCCUAAGUUGCAAGACUCUCAACAGGUUCCCAUGGAGAGGGAAUUUUUGCCACCUCCUCUGGCUGUUCAUCCUCUGGCUGUUCAUCCUCCAUUGUCUUCCAAUAGUGGGACUGUUGGCCACAUAUUUUCUUCAUCCUCAGAAUUCUCCACCGAUCUUCAUUUUUCUUCUGCUUCCCCCCAUGAAAAGCAUUCAAGACAGGCUCCUUUCAUUUCCCAGUCGUCAAAGAGUGCGGGGUCCGCACCAUCAAUGCAUUCUUGUAACUCGGGACUUCUUCAAUCUACAGCAUCUAGUCACUAUACUAAAGAAAGCAAUGAUGAUUCCUGGUGUACAGGUUCACUGCCUGAUUUCCUUAAUUAUCCAUUGAACACAUCAGUCCAGAAUAGUCAAUUCGAAAGUAGCAAUAGUGGUGGUUGUAUCAUGCCAUCUGAGGAACUUGGCAAACGAAAUGAUUGGCAGGAAUGGGCAGACCAACUAAUCAAUGAUGAUAAUGAUGCAUUGACUUCUGAUUGGAAUGAGCUUCUUGUUGAUACUAGUGUUGUACAUCCAGAGCCAGAGAUGGCCUCUCAGGCUUUCAAACCUUCCACCAAUUUCUCAGUGCACCUGCCCUUAGUACGUCAGCAACUUCCUGCUGCUUCUGGAGAAACUUGUGUUGUUGUUCCCCCUUCCCCCUCAGCGAGUGGUGCUGCAACCAAACCACGCAUGCGUUGGACUCCAGAACUUCAUGAAGCCUUUGUGGAGUCAGUUAACAAGCUUGGUGGAAGUGAAAGAGCUACUCCCAAGGGAGUGCUGAAGCUAAUGAAAGUUCAGGGUUUGACAAUCUAUCAUGUAAAAAGUCACCUGCAGAAAUAUCGAACAGCUAGAUACAAACCAGAAUCAUUAGAAGGAUCUUCAGAGAAAAAAUUGACUCCUAUAGAAGAAUUAUCAUCUUUGGACUUGAAAGCGGGGAGAGAGAUGCUGAUGAUCAUUAUGACAGGGACUAGGAGUUCUCAUGGAAGGGGGGAUGACUGUGGCACAACCAUGGGAGACCUAGAAUGUUUGGGAGAGCUGCAUUAG